CCAGUAAGCACAUCUGUACUGCAGCAGGAGGUCUUGUUGCUUUUGGCAUUCCUGAGAUACCUUGAAUCAAAUUAGCACAGAUCUCCCUUAGCCACCUCACUUCAACUCAGCUGAGCACAACCAGGAGAGCAAGUAUACACACACAGGGACUCUAUGAUUAAGCACCGGGCUCAGAAAGCUCGCCCUGGGCAGCACAGGCACUGUGAGAGAUGUUUCAGCCGGCACUGCCGCGCGCCAGUUGAGCCCUCCGUCUCCUGCAUGAUGAUCAGCUGCCGCUUACACUGCGGGGCCACCUUCCACAUGUGCAAAGAAGAGGAGCACCAAUUGCUCUGUCCCUUAGAGCAGGUCUCCUGCCUCAACUCAGCCUAUGGCUGCCCUUUUUCCAUGGCUCGCUUUAAGCUGGCGAAACACCUCCAGGUUUGUCCAGCCAGUGUUGUCUGCUGCUCGAUGGAGUGGAACCGCUGGCCAAAUGUGGAUUCAGACACAACCCUCCACAAGAACAUCAUGAAGGAGACCUUGAACGAAGAGUGUCUGGACACAGCUUUGGCGCUCAGAGACCAGAAGAUACUUUUCAGGACUUUGAAAAUAGCUGACUUGUUUCCAGAGUGGAGGAAAAAGGUUGAAGUGGUAGAGCUAAUGGACAAAGCCAUGGAUGGUGAAGAAGGUGCUGUGGGAGGAGUAGUCUGUGGUUCACAAGAAGGUGACAACCAGUUGUCCGAGCUCAGCCAACGUGAUCGUGAAGAUUUGGCAAAGGACAAAGAGGGAAUGGAUCUGGGGAGUUACAAAACCUGGGAGAACAUUUUCAGCAAAGAGCUUCUGGCUUGCAAGGUAACAGGCUCAGCAGCCCGCACGGGACAAAAGACAGAGGAGGCUUCCAAGAAAACAGCAUCAGCCCCUCAUGCUGCCAGUUCUGCAGAGAAGGCAAAGGAAGUACCUGGUGGUGCAGAAGAGGCAAAGGACCAAAAUCCUGAACAAGUAACACCAAACACAGAAAUGACAGGACUGGCUCCCUGGCAAGAAGGGGUCCUGGAGAGGCUGAAGAAGGAAGUUGGUGUAGGUGAUUACAACAUGUAUCUGGUACAUCAUGGGGGAAUGCUCAUCCGCUUUGGCCAGCUAGCUGCUUGCACUCCCAAAGAAAAAGACUUUGUCUAUGGGAACUUGGAAGCACAGGAGGUGAAGACUGUCUACACCUUCAAAGUGCCAGUCAGUUACUGUGGCAAAAGAGCACGACUAGGAGAUGCACUGGGCCACAAGAUGCCAACUUCAGACAAGUCAGUGGAUACCUCAGAACUGGGAAUAAACCUAGAAGAACUACCUAAGGCAAAUAUAGUAGAAGCCACACUUCUGUGUGCGCUGGAAAAAGAGCUGAAAGGCCAUGAGAUCUCUGAAGCAAGGGGUAUCGAUGGACUUUUUGUGGAUUUUGCAACACAGACAUACAGCUUUCCUCUGGAGCCCUUCUCCUCCAAUGCCGUUCUAGCAGAUAUUCUGGAUGAGGAAAGCCCACCAGAACUCCACGUGGAGCUCUACACUGAAUGUGUGACGAGAAGACACAACAAAAGCAGUUCAGCUUUCACAUUCACUUGCAGUCAUUUCUUCAGGAGGGACGAGUUCCCAUCCCACUUCAAGAAUGUGCACGCUGAUAUCCAGUCAUGUCUGGAUGGAUGGUUCCAGCAUCGAUGCCCACUGGCCUACUUGGGAUGUACUUUUGUUCAAAAUCACUUCCGCCCUGAUGGACUUAAGGCCAAGGUUAUAUACAGCAGGCCUCUCAAGACAUUUGCUAUUAAGCCAGAGGUGGACACCCUCCUUGCUGAAUCAGGGAAGUGCAAUUCCACAGUGGCUAACCAAAGGAGAAAUAAGGACUUGCUGAGCAGCCUCCCAGUGGAAGUGCUCAAGUAUAUUGCGGGGUUCCUGGACAGCUUCAGUUUAUCUCAGUUAUCACAAGUGUCAGUGCUGAUGAGGGACAUCUGUGCCACUCUUCUUCAAGAGAGGGGAAUGGUCCUGCUGAUCUGGGAGAAAAAAAGAUAUUCCCAUGGUGGUACUUCAUGGAAAGCUCGCAAAAAGAUUUGGCAGUUCAGCAGCCUGUUCUCCAGAGUGAACAAAUGGCAGCGCAAUGACAUCACAUGCAUGUCGGAGCACCUGAAGAACUGUCCCUUCUACCAAGUGGAGCACAAGACAGACCCCGUGCUGCUGACAGGCAUGUGUGAAUCUCGAGAGCAGACUCGAAAGACUUUGGUUUCUACUUUCAAGCGCAGAGUCUGAACAACCUGUUUCCUCUUCACCACGCUCCUUUCAGAGCCCUUGAAAAGAAAUUUGGGAAUUUGGGUGUAAAGAUUGUUGCUUCCAACGCUCCUUUGGAUGUACAAAACUGACUUUUCCCCAGCUGUGUUUGAAACAUCCUGCAUCUUUUUUUUUCCCCUGAAUUCAUUUAAUUGUUCAGACUUCAUCCACUGCUCACUGGUAUCAUGUGCUUUCUGCUUAUGUUUCUGUUCCUUGCUUAAUAUGGCAUCCCCAAAGAAAGCAGUAAGGAUCUUGUUUGAAAACAGCACCUUUGCAACCUUGAAGGUAGGCUGCUGGUCCUGUACCAUGUCCUUGAGGGAAGCAAGAGCAGUUAAUAAACCUAGCUUGACUAGGUCUGAAGCACCUUCGGUUUGGCUGGAAAGCCAAGUUCUGGGAGCACAGGUAUAUAUGCCCUCCUGCCUGGCAGAUCUAGGGACUGCUAAUCUGUUCUGAGACAUGGUCAAAAGAAAAGGACCCCCCCAAAAUUAAACGAAUUCAUGAGAACUCCAGUGAGAAUUCAGGAAUUCACUGCACAGCCACAGACCAUCAUUUAGGCCCCCAAUUCAGGCAAGCAUGCCUAGCUGAGCGCAAGCUUAAAGCUGAGCUCAUGAGAGCAUUCAAACCAAACCAAAGCAAACAAACUUGCUCUUUGUUAGAAAUAACCAAGUAGCAAACAGUUUUUGGGGCUCAACUGGCUUUUUUUAUUUUUCAGUUAAUAACUUUCUCUGGUUUAUUUAAAAAUCCAUUGAAGCCAUCAAAGAAUAUUUGAAGUUGUUUUUAGAAUGCCACACCUACUCAGUUUUGCAAUUGUAAAUUGCAAAUUGUAAUUGUAAGCAACUGGAAACAGUAUGUCAAAGAAAUUUUCUGUAAAAGAUAUUGCAUUCAGCCAGCAAUCCAUUCAGUAAUGGUAUGGGUAAUGUUUGCUUCAGUUAAAUGGGCUGGAGUAUAAGAUUUUUUUUUCUUUUUUUACAGAGCAGAAGGGUGGUUAGGAUUUGGUUUAUUUUGUAAUAAAUACACUAAUUUAAGAACAGAAUGAGCUUGUUGAGGCAACAGAUGAGAGCAAGUGGGCAUGUUACCAACAGCAUGUGUCUUAUUACACUAUUUAAACCCAUUUCAGAGGCACUAGUUAGAAAUGUUGGUUAUUAGUUGUGGUGGUGGGUGGGAUCCCUCUGAAAUGGCUGUUAAACCGAUUCAACAGUUUACAGCCGCUGCAGAGACACAGCAGCACCGACUCACACCCCUUUCUUUUUUAAGUUCAUAGUCAGAAGUGCUAUCUCAGGACACAAGGUCUGGCUUUCAUCUCACCAUCUCAAGCAGGAGGAACUCGCCAGGAGCCGGGACAUCUGCUGGCCUGGACCACUGAUCUCCUAGCCUGGGCUGGCCAGGUGAAAACUGGCCCGGGUGGAUGGACAGACACGGUACUCGCCAUCCCCAGUCUUGGUGCAGAUCUGGGGUGAGGUGGCUAGGCAAGAAGGAGCCCUCUCUCAACCAUAAAGGUUGCUGAUGAACCUGAGCUGAGAGCUUGGUAAUGGAAGGCAUGACUUGUGUGGUGACCAAAACCAUGCUGAGUGCAGCUCGUCCUUGACUACACUUCCAGCUUAAGUGGUCCCUGUGAGAUUUAUAACCAUGUGAGGAUGUUUUUCUUCUCCAGACACACACCCCUCAGGAGCAUAUCAUCUGAGUUGUGGAGACAGUGGAUUGGUCCCAGGAGCAGGAGUAGCAGCAAUCACUUUUUUUUUCUUUAAUGCUAUUCUGGUUUCUGCCUUUAGAGAUUUUUUCUGGGAAGUCUCAUAAUGCUUUACCCAUAAGAAUAAACUUGUCUGUGCAGGUAUCCUGCUGAAAACACAACAGGUACAUCCCAGUUUUAUGCAGAGGAAACUGAAGUGAAUGAACACAGGGAACCUAAGCUGGGCCAGGAGCAGUUAAAGCUGGGUGCUCUGAUCCUUCAGCCACUGUGCAAAACCAAACUGGCCAUCCCUUAAAGUUGCUUACGAAAACUCACCCGUCCUCAAAACACCCUGUAGAAGUCACCCAAUAUUAUCACUCUGUUUUACACAAGUUGACAGAAGUGAGAACAUACAGCCAGACUUCCUAGACUGGUCUCUACAUCAAGGCCUCAUCCUCUGCAUAUCAUGUACCUGAUUUUGAAAGAUGCUGAGCACCCAACUAUAGCUGCAGAAGACACUGGCUGCAAAUACAUGUCCAAAAUUCAGGUGCCAGUAUCUAUGCUGGAUACUUAAAAAUGGAGCCACACAAAAUUAUAGAUAACCUGGGGAGGGGGAAAAAAAAGUUGCUUAAACAAUAGGGUCUCAGAGUAAGUCAGUGUUCAAGGCUGGUGUAAGAGACCAUGAAAAAUUUCAACCUGUGAACCAUCUCUCACCUGAUCAGCCACUUACCUGCUGUAAACUGGUGUAGCUGCUCUGAAAUCAUGGCUUGUGCUAGGUAUGAGUUGGGCUCACUUUACCUUUAGUGGCAGUGUCACUGGCACUGCUGCGAUUCCACUUCUAGCCUCUUUCUGCUGAUGCCAGAGAAUUUAGCUCUGGUAUCUCCCUGCUCCUGGAGAUUGUGUGACUUCGGUUACAGCCUUAUUACCACUGAUCCUGCUUCUUCCCCUUCCCUUCGCCCAGGAGGCGUCAGACUACAGGGAGGAUGCAACCUUUGCAAAUGCGGGAAUUAGGGUGUGGGUCAGUGAUAGCAACGUCACAACCUCUACCUCUUGGGAUCAGCCAGGGUGCACAUACAACGUCUAGGAGACUGGAUCAUUUUCCUUCUGGUAUUGCUAUAGGGUAUGCUGGAGAGACACACGCUGUUAAUUCACAGAGGGAGAAAGAGAGAAACUCGCCCCUGUCAAUAUGUAUGUACCCUUCUGUAAACAGCAAAUUUGCUUAAGUAACCUUCAGCAUACACAGCAGAAGCUGAAAAUCCAGUCGUCUUCAGGUCAGUCUAGUUAAACCACCUGCAAGAGGGAAAGCUGUAGAGGGAAGUGGAUAUCACCCUUAUACCAGUGUGUAGCCAUCUGGCAAAUGCCAGCUGGUAGCCACUUCUUACUUUAACUCACAUUUAACACUAGCAGAGAGCUGUGGUCUGGUGUCAGAUGCAGUUUAAUUAAUUGGAGGAUGUAUGCCAAGCUAGAUCCAUGUUGAUGGUCCUGCUCGUUAACAGAGUCAGCAGAAGCUUUGGAGAACUGCAAGGAACCGAAUUUUCCUGCUCUGUUCAUCUUGGUGAGGUGGUAAAAGGUGAGCGGCUUUUAGGUAAAAGGUGAGCGGCUUCAAUUUGGGUUCAGCAAACCCUUAGGCUCCUAGUUUAAGCUUGUAACUUGACCAACAGAAAGUUAAAACUCUUACUAAAUUUCAUCUUGAGGGAUUUGAUUAGAAAAAACUGGGAAUUUGGUGUUUUUCAAAACAGGUCUUUUGCUGUGGCAGUAUCUGAACUGGAAAAGGGGACCCAAGUCUGGCAACUGAGGUUGCUCUUGGUCCAGAUCACACACUCCAGACCUUCAUGAUUUUGACCCCGUUUGUGCGGCCCACAUGUCUUGUACAGGGCAAGAGCAAUACUCCACACAUGCCAGGCUGAUGUGUUUUGCAGUUUUUCCACUUGUUUGAAGAAUGGGAACAGAAAUGAUGGCAUUGUGGAAAUCAGAGAUGUCAGAGCAGGGCAAAAAGGCUUGGGAUGACAGAGCAGAAAGACAAGAAACGGGAAAGGUAAUAGGUUUGGAUAGAGGAGACCUGCCUGACUGUAGGUGUCAUGGGGAGAAGCAAAUGGAGAAUGGUAAAAAGGCACACCAGUGAAGGGAAGUGGGAUGUGGAAGAGGUGAUGCAGCUGCAAAUGUUUUAGGAGGAAACGGUUCAGGCACUAGGAGAAUAGGAGUGACAUUUAGGAGAACAGAGAUGUAAGGGGAGUGGAGCGUUUCUUUUAUUUGGUUUCUACUGACAAAGUAAGAUAUUUGAAUGAGCCUGGUGAACUCAGUUAAAACGCUGACUCUGUUUUGAAUUGUAAUUUAUACAGUGGACCUCACUCUCUGGCACAGCCUCUGUUCUGGGUUAGAGUAUUCAGCAGCGGAUCAUUAAAACAUGAGCUGAGAGGCCAUGGUAAAACCACAAAGAAUCACAGAUUUUGAUGCUCCUGUACUCUGAUCAUUUGCUGCCAACAACAGACUUUCUGGAUAAAUGCUUCUCCUUGAGGAAGGGGCUGGAAAUUCCCCAUCAGUGUCACAGAGUAACACAAGGCAGAUGAUAAUUCUUAAAGGGUGAAAGGGUAGGUUACCUGCUGACAUGUACCGCAAGUCCAGGUUGGAGGAAGAAAUUACUUGUCAGACCUCCAACUCCCAGAACUGAGUGAGCACAGAUAAGGUAAAGUUUAUCUGAACCGUGUUUGUUAUUUUGCAAAAGUCUGUAACUCCUUGUUGCUUUCUUAAGAAUAAAAAUUAUUAUGGUUUUAAAAAAU